AAAUGGACUGUCAAUAAUUCUCCCUUUGUAUAAACCCAUUGACUACCCUCUACAUGUCUCACUUUGUUCUCUCUCGCGGUGCCCUAGCUUUCUCCUGUCGCCCCCUUCUCUCGAAGUCUGAAGACUACCGAUGCCGAUGGCCUUAUAUAUCACUCACAAACAUUUGGUUUGUUUCAAUCCGUAUUCCACAUCAGAUCAUUCGGUUCGAUUCAAUCUCUUUGUUUACAGUUGAAGCCCUAAUACCUCACUCUCACUCUCACUCUCACUCUCACUCACAUUCGGUUCAAUAUUUGUAUUGGACAUCAGAUCGAAUUGCUCCAGGUGAGAAUCUAGACAACCACAUUGAUGUAAAGAAUGUUCUUGUUGAGACGGGGACAUACUUUCAAGUACAGGAUGAUUAUCAUUGUUUUGGUGAACCGGAAAAGAUUGGUAAGAUUGGAACGGAUAUUGAAGAUUUUAAGUGUUCUUGGUUGGUUGUGAAAGCAUUGGAACAUUGUACUGAAGGACAGAAGAAAUUGUUAUAUGAGCACUAUGGGAAAUCAGAUCCAGCUGAUGUUACGAAAGUAAAGGCCCUCUACAACUAGUCAUAAAUUUGUUCAUUUAGGUGCAUGCAUUGCCUAGAGAGAUGUUUGGCUUUUCAACUUUUGGAAUAGCAGUGGCACUUUUGGAAGAUGUAAGAGAGAUCACAAGAAAUGGGGCAAAAUUUGUGGAUGGACAAGAGAGAGAGUAUCUAUUAAUCAUGUUGCAAUUCAUGGAGUUUCAUGAUUUUUAAGCACCAUCUCUGAUUGUUAUUUUUAAGCACCAUCUCUGAUUGUUAUUUUUAAGCACCAUCUCUGAUUGUUAUUUUUUACUAGUAUGUCAUUUUUAUGUCUUCUUUCCUUAUU